AUGAAGCAGGGCAAGGAAUUUUCUGUCAGCAAAUCAGACAGCAGACGAGUCUACUUCAAAUGCAAGCAUUCAGAUACGUGCCCCUUCAAGCUCCAUGCAUCGUCACAAGAUGGAGCCAUUUGGGGAGUGUAUAAGUUCACCAAUGAGCACUCAUGCGACAGUGAGCUAGGGCGCGUAGCGCGAAUAAAAGCCCCUGCAAAAGUCGUCGCAGCAUAUCUAGCACAGAAAAUACACGACGAUUGCGAGAUCUUGAAGCCGAAGGCAAUCCAGCUGGAGCUGCGACGUAAGUUUGGCGUACAGAUCAAGUACGAUGUUGCAUUGCGAGCCCGUAAUCGAGCCACUGAGAUGGUUUAUGGUCGACAUGAUCAGUCCUUCGAGAUGCUGCCCAAGUACUUAUACAUGUUGAGACAAUCCAAUCCCGGUCCGAUGGUGGAGUGGGAAGUUGACGAUGAUGGCCGAUUCAAACACUUAUUUGUUGCUCUUGCAGCUUCGGCUACCCCUUUCAUGUUCAUCUUACGCCCAGUGAUUGUCGUCGACGGCACACACUUGAAGGGCAAGAAUAGGGGUAUUUUGUUUGUUGCAGUGACGAAGGACGGCAACGAGAGUUUGUUCCCACUCGCGUAUGGUGUUGGCCCGAAAGAAAACGAUGAAUCAUGGACUUAUUUCAUGUCACGCAUUCGACGUGUUUAUGGCCAAGCCGAUCCACUUUUGAUUGUCUCUGAUCAACAUAUCUCCAUUGCCAAUGCUAUCAGGAAUGAGUUACCAAAUGCAAUCCACGGCCUAUGCUACUACCAUUUGCAAAAUAACCUGAAGCAUUACGGUAAGGCAGUGGUCGAGGUGUAUCGACAAGCUGCAUUUGCGUACGAGAAGUCCGACUUCAAUAGGGCUAUGAAUGCCCUAAAGGUUAUGAAGAGAGCCGCGUACGAUAAACUAAUGGGGAUUGGGCCGGAGAAGUGGGCUCAUUGUUGUGGGCAAGAAGACUUCCUAUCUGCUCGAUGUUAG